CAGUAUGUGGUGACAUCCUAUGGAAAUAGGCAUGAGCCCACUAAAAGAGGAGAGUCAAGAAAUCAAUGAAGCCGAGAAGGGUCGGUGUAAGAAACUUAAUUUCAUGGCUGCAGAACAAUCCACUGAAACGACUUCCUCAGGAAACAGAGCUCAGCCGUGUCCUUACAUAUGUGGUCAGUGUGGAAAGAGUUUCGGAACUAAAGUAAAAAUUUAUCAGCAUAUGAGAGUUCACUCUAAAAAGAACAUAUGUCAAGAGUGCAAAGAGAGUUUCCCAGACAGGCAACAGCUGAAGGAUCAUGUCAGAAUUCACAUGGGAAUAAAGUCUUUCAUAUGUCAUCUUUGUGGAAAGAGUUGCUCAAAAGAAGGACGCCUCAAGGACCACUUAAGAGUUCACACCGGAGAUAAGCCUUUCGCCUGCCCUCAGUGUGGAAAGAGAUUUGCUCAAAAACCAAACAUUAAAGCCCACAUGAGAACUCACACUGGAGAGAAGCCCUUCUCUUGCACUCAGUGUGGAAAGAGUUAUUCUUGUAAAGACACCCUUAAUGACCACUUGAAAAUUCACACUGGAGAAAAGCCUUUCACCUGCCAACAUUGUGGAAAGAGUUUUAAUAAAAAACAAAACAUGAAAGUCCACAUGAGACUUCACACUGGAGAGAGACCUUUCAAAUGUCUUUGGUGUGAGGAGAGUUUCUUCUAUCGAAAAGAACUGAAAGAUCAUUUACGAACUCAUUCUCGAAAGGAAUUCCUGUGAUCCUCCAUGUAGUGAGAGGGUUACAGCAUACAGAGGAUUCAGAAAUAACCUGCAUAUUCACUGUGGGAAAGGGAGGCUAAUCACACUCAAAGAUAAACAUGAAAAAAUAAUGC